CCCACCUUCCUCUAAACAUACAUACUCUUCCCUUACACACACACACUCCUAAGUCCUAAGUCCUGACAUUUCUCUCACACGCCAAUGGUUUUCUCAAAACUUGAACAACCACCACCACCGGAAGAACCAUCGUCCCCAUGCCACUACUUCACUGCUUUACCAUCUCAACCUCCCGAUCAAAACUACUUAGUUUUGCCCUACUACCGCCCGACACUCCGUUGGUGCGGUUGUCGGAUACUAUGCACGGCUUCCUUGGUGUUGCUAGCUACCUCGGUGUACAUUUUCUGGCCGUCUGACCCUGAAGUAAAGAUUGUAAGGAUGCACGUAGACCGCAUGCAACUGCAUACCAUACCCAUCAUAGCACUAGAUAUAUCUUUGUUGGUUACUUUGAAAGUGAGGAAUUCGGACGUGUAUUCCGUGGACUUUACUAGCUUGGACGUGGCCGUUGGGUACAGAGGGAAGAUGCUGGGGCACGUGACGUCGGAGCAUGGUCACGUGAGGGCGUGGGGUUCGUCUUACGUGCAGGCAGAGCUGGAGCUUAAUGGGGUUGAAGUGUUGUCCGACGUUGUGUAUAUGCUGGAGGACUUGGCCAGGGGAACUGUCCCGUUUGAUACUGUUACGGAGGUUGCAGGCUGGCUUGGUCUGUCCUUGUUUAAGUUCCCUUUGAAGGCAAGAGUCUCAUGUGAGAUUGUGGUAAAUAGAACCAAUCAGACUAUCAUCCGCCAAAAUUGUUACCCGAUGGUAGCUGCUAGCCAGCCAGGAGCCACUACCCACUACCAUUGCAAUUACAGGGAAAUUGUUGGUCAGAUAACUAGUCGAGCAUGCCUUGUUUAGGAUGGUCUACAAGCAGUUUAUGUCUGGAAAAGAGUAUUCGAUCGGUUUUGCUAAAUUGUUUUAAUAUGUUUAGAAAUGAAGUUGCAAGCGCUGGAUAUGACCUCGAGUGCAGAUGAUUGCAUGAAGUGCAGCAAAGUUGAAAGAUUCACCGGUAUCCCAAACCUGCAUUUGUAAACAUUGAAACAGAUUUGGGGAUUGUAAAGUUUGAAACGUGUGCAGCAUAUCAUGAUAUAUAGUAAUCUAGCACAUCUUGUUUCAAUCAUACUGGACGCAUUGAUUAAUCUGUAUAAAGUGGAUUUUCCUAUCA